AUGAGCCGGGCAGCGCGUCCGGAGAGCCCCGCCGCUCGGAGCCCCGGCAGGAGACAGGAGCAGCCGCACAGCCGGGCUGCAGUGGAGGAGCACCGAGUCGGCUCCGGGAUCAGGGACAGCGGCGCAGGGUCGGCCCGCAGCAAGCGGCACCUGGAGGGGGUCCUGAAGAAGUACACCAACCCGCUGCAGGGCUGGCAGAGCAGAUAUUUUGUACUGGACCCAGAGGUUGGUCAGCUUCAGUAUUAUCUGAAUGAACUCAGUAAAAGCCAGCGACCUCCCAGAGGGUCUCUGCCUCUCCUUGGAGCAAUGGUGGUCUCCAGCGCCGACUUCCCCUACAUGUUUACUUUUCAAUCCACUACUGGGGAUUCCUACAAACUCAGAGCACUGGACGCCCAGGAGCAGGAGCUAUGGAUGACUCAGCUCCAGCUGUGUUCCCGACGCCACUCUGACAGCAGCGCCAAGGUGACAAUCCAGGCUGAAGGGCAGCAGAAGAACCUUGUCAACUCUGUUGAGCCCCUGUCCCCCCGAGGUGGACCCCUCUCUUCUCUGGAUGAGGACCUUCUCCUUUUAAAGGCCACUUCUGCAGCCACUUUGAGCUGUCUGGGGGAGUGUCUCAGUAUGCUGCAGCACAAUGUUGUCCAGGCUCUUAACCAGAACCAGAACCAGAACCAGAACCAGAACCACACCCCUAGUCCCAGCCUCCCCCACAGCUCAGCUGGUCUGAAUCAGGCAGCUCCCACAGACAGAGUCCGGCUGUGGAGUCAGCGCUGCAGCUCCAGUUUGAACCAGAUGGAGCCCGGGGGCCUCCGGUCUAGCAGCCAGAGCCCGACUCACAGCUUCAGUGAGAGCCAGAGUCCCAAAGACAGCAGCUACAGUGGACGACCAGGAAGUGGCCACAACCACAUCCACGGUCAGAGUCAAGGCCGCGAACAUGCAGAUAGUUCCACUGGACGGUCCAGAUCUCUUUCUGAGAAGCAGGUGAAAAAUGGUGCACAAACACCUCUCUCCUCCUCUUCCUGGCCAUCUUCCACUCAAACGCACAAGGAUCCUUCGGAGCAGGGACAGCAGCAGGGCCAAGCCAGCAGCCCAGAGAGCCCGGAUGCCAGCGAAGAGACCACAGACACAGAGGACCAUGAGGAGGAGGACCUGGGAGUUCUGGAUGACCAGCGAAGCAUCAUGCUACACCUCCUGUCCCAGCUCAAACUGGGCAUGGACCUCACACGGGUGGUGCUCCCUACCUUCAUCCUGGAGAAGCGCUCCCUACUGGAGAUGUACGCCAACUUCAUGGCUCAUCCCGACAUGUUCCUCUCCAUCACCUCCGGCUGUACGCCAGAGGAGCGCAUUGUUCGCUUUGUGGAGUACUACCUGACAGCCUUCCAUGAGGGCCGCAAGGGUGCUGUGGCCAAGAAGCCCUACAACCCAAUCCUGGGGGAGCACUUCCACUGUUCCUGGUACGUGCCUCGGGACCGUGUCCGACCUCUCAGGAAUACCAACUGCCCUGGUCCCAACUCAGCCCCCACAGCCCCUCCCGGGUCUCCACAGAGGGGGACGCAUGGUAGCAGCAGAAGAAACUCCGACUGCUAUCGCGUUCGGUUUGUGGCUGAGCAGGUGUCCCACCACCCCCCUGUGUCAGGCUUCUACUGCGAGUGCAAGGAGAAGAGGAUGUGUGUCAACACUCAUGUCUGGACCAAGAGCAAGUUCAUGGGCAUGUCUGUUGGAGUGUCCAUGGUCGGGGAAGGUGUGCUGUAUUUGUUGGAGCAUGAUGAGGAGUACGUGUUCACGCUGCCCUGUGCCUACGCCCGCUCCAUCCUCACCGUGCCAUGGGUGGAACUUGGGGGAAAGGUCACCAUCAACUGUGCCAAGAGUGGGUACUCGGCCACUGUCACUUUCCACACCAAACCCUUCUAUGGAGGAAAAGUGCACAGAGUAACAGCAGAGGUGCAGAACAACCAAACAGGAAACAUCGUGUGCAAGGCCCAGGGUGAGUGGAAUGGGGUGCUGGAGUUCACCUACAGCAACGGGGAAAGCAAGGUGAUCGAUACGGCCAAGCAGCCAAUCAUCAAGAAGAAGAUCCAGCCUCUAGAGAAGCAGGGCCAGUACGAGUCACGGCGUCUUUGGCAGCAUGUAACAGCAUCGCUGAAGGCAGGAAACAUGGACGUGGCCACAGAACACAAACACUGCCUGGAAGAGAGGCAGCGCAGCGAGGGCAAACAGAGAGCGGCAACCAAAACACCCUGGAAACCCAAAUACUUUAUUAAAGAGGGUGGAGGCUGGGUGUACCACAACCCUCUGUGGAAAGCUAACUGACCAGGAGGCUUGGAAGCAGCUGUCCACUCCCAGACGAAAAGUAGGGCGAUGGAGGGCUGGCCGACUAAGAUAUGAGGAGAGAGAGAGAGAGAGAGAGAGAGAGAACGGAGAGAGAACAGAACAAGAGGUACCAAAGACUAGCAGAGGACGAUGGACAAACUCCUAGUCCUGUCCAAGCAGAAACACGUUGGUUUGGCAGUGAGGUGAGACUGAUCAAACACGGGUUCAGCCACUUUAGAGAUUACAUUAUUCAGACAGAAUGGGACUUUUUGUUCUGACAACAGAUCCAAGCUAACCCCUGUAAACAGCUCCUGCCCCCUCUCACCGUUCAGUUGUCUGCACAAUGUACCAAACAACCGUGUUGAUCACAACAGUUUUGCACAAACCAAUGUACAAUAUAUAGGGUAAAAGCAUA